GACGUCUUCAAUUCAAAUUUGAUCGUUGAAAAAAGCUGUUAACAUGACUGAUGCGGGUGAAAUGAACAUUAAAAGUUAUGUAACUGCUUCUGCAAAAUUAUUUAGAGAAGCUGUUCUCCCAACUGUAUCAAGUGCCUCUGUAACUUCUGUUUCUUUAAAUAAAGGAAAAAAAAAGUACCUUAUUGAGACUUCUUGGACUCAGAAAUGUUUUGAUAGAAAUAGAUCGGCUUCAUUUUCAUUUUUUUAUUCAUUUUCAGACGUUAAUGGAAUCUAUAAGCUUAAGAAAUCCUGUAGUUUUCCGAUUAGACGUGAAAGCGUUUUGUUAGAAAAAAUUUCUUUUUCUCUUAAUUUGAAAGCUCUAAUAAUAAAAGAAACUAACUCUGUCACUAAAAAAGAUGAAUUUAUACUAGAAAUUUGGAGCAACAAAUCUGUGAAUCUAAUAAAAUCAAUAAAUCUUAGUGCUUGUGAAAAACAUGGAAAUGUACUUUCAGACUCUGUAUUUAGCUCACUUGAUUGGUCACCUGAUGAAGAUAAGAUUGUUUAUUUAGCAGAAAGAAAAAAGCCAAAGUGUACCACUAAUAUGUUUGAAACAUGCUCUAUUACUAAAGAAGAAGAUAGUGAUAAAUCUAUUUGCAACAAAUUUAAUUAUGAAGAAUCCUGGGGUGAACAAAUGACAGAAGUUAUACAUCCAGUAAUUUGUGUUGCUGAUUUAUUAGAAGGAACUAUUAACAUUGUUUCCAAUAUUCCUGAUAACAUAUCACCUUCUCAACCACAGUGGGGACCUGGAGGUACCAUUAUAUUUGAGGCAAUUAUAAAUUAUCCCUUUCGACUGGGAAUUAUUUAUUGCAGUAAUCGAGCUAGUUAUCUAUGUAGUGUCAAAUAUAAAUGCAACGAAGAGCCUGUUUUUAUUACAAAACCAUCAUCAUAUGAAAGCAAUUACUGUCCACGUGUGAGUCCUUGUCAAACAAAGCUCAUAUAUAUUCACCGAAAUUUAUCUGGUAAAGGAGAUCCGCAUCAAGGUGUUGAAAAAUUAAAAGUUUAUUUUUUUAAUUCGCAAAUCAGCUCUGAAAUAGAAACAGAGUUUCCACUGUAUGUUUAUAGUUUACCAAAAAAUUGUUGGCUUAAUUCUUACAGUGUUAUAAUACCAAAUUUGGAACAAGCUGAAAGUAAAGCUAUUUUGAUCAAUACAGAGACUAGAAAAAUUAUUAAAAAAGUGAAUUGCAGUACAAUUUUAGAUGUGCAGCAAGACAUAGCUAUACUUUCACACAUGACGUUAGAUUCAACAGAAGCUAAUAUAUCAGUGAUUUAUAACAGUGAACACAUUGAAACAUGUCAAUCUACAGUAAAUUUGAAAAAUCAAAAUUUUAAAGCUGAAUCAUUUAUCACAGGUGGUUUAGUAUCGUGGUCACUGUCUUUGAAAGAAAACACUUUACCUAAACCAUUAAUUGUUUGGCCACAUGGAGGUCCUCACUCUGUAAUUUGUAACAAUUACAACCACUAUGCUCAAGUAUUUUGUCAACUAGGAUAUAUUGUUUUGCUUGUAAAUUACAGCGGUUCCACAAGUUUCAGUGAAAAAUCUUUGAUGUCACUUCCAGGCAACAUUGGAUCUCAAGAUAUUUAUGAUGUUCACAACAUUGCUUUAAAUUUUAUAUCAGCGAAUCAAAGUAUAGUCGAUAAAGAAAAUGUAUAUGUUUUUGGGGGAUCUCAUGGUGGUUUUAUUGGCGCUCACCUUAUUGCUCAAUAUCCUGAUUUUUAUUGCGCAGCUGCUUUAAGGAAUCCAGUCAUAGAAAUAGCCUCCAUGUCUGUAACAUCAGACAUUCCAGAUUGGACAUAUGCUGUUUCUGGACUUAGUUAUAAUUUUUCUAAUGUUCCAAACCCUGAGGUGUAUAAAGUAAUGCUGGAAAAAUCUCCUGUAAUUCUUGCAGAUAAAAUUAAAGCACCUGUGUUGUUGUGUGUUGGUUCAAAAGAUGCUAGAGUGCCUCCAACUCAGAGUAUACACUUUUUUAAACUGUUAAAGUCACUUAACAAGGAUGUUAAAAUGCUGAUGUACCCUGAUGAUUGUCAUCCUUUGUCAAACAUUGAAACAGAAGGUGAUGUUUUUCUUAAUGUAUCCUUGUGGUUUUAUCAGCAUAAAAGAAAAAUCAGAUUGUAAAUUUUAUAGUUUAGUUUUGUCUUUGGCAACCAACAUAUCCUUUUUUACAAUAAUAAUUACAGAUUUAAAGCAGAAGCGCCAAAUCAACUGCAUGUACCAAAAUCGGGGGGGGGGGUUCCUUUUUAACAUGUUAUGUUUUCAUUAUUUGGAAUAUUUGGAAUACUUGAGACCAUUUGUUAUAUAGUUUUUAUAUUUACAAAAAACUUUUUUGGUAUUUUAUUGUUUAAGUUUGCUAUAUAUGAAUUGUGUUUUAUUUUAUUAUUUUAAAUUAUUAGUUCUACUUUAUGUAAUUAUUUGUUAUUAAUUAUUGUUAAUUAUUUAUUGUUAUAUCUAGGAAAUUAAAUGUCAAUAUACACUUGUUGUAGCUAGGAAAUUUAAUGUCAAUAUACACUUGGGCAACUA